GGCUAGAAAUUAAGAUGCUGUCGGAGAGGAAGAUGGAGCUGGAGCGCCGGGUGCACGCCAUGAUGGAGGAGAACGAGCUGCUGCAGAACACGGUGGACGACCUCCGGGAGAGGACGCUGCUGCUGGAGAAGCAGUGCCACGAGAAGGACCUUCAGUUGCGACAAAGCCAGUUGGAGCUCCAAGAGGUCCAGACGUCCCGCAGACAUCUGACAGCGAAGUUGGCGGAGCUGACGGAGGAGAACAGUCUCCAAACUCUCACCCCCCACCCGUCCAGCCUGCUGUGUGAGAUAGAGCAGAGCAUGGAGCAGGAGGAGCAGGAGCAGGAGAGGGAGCAGCUGCGGCUACAACUGUGGGAGGCGUACUGUGAAGUCCGCUCGCUCUGUUCCCAUCUGCGGGGAAAUGAUGUCACAGACUCGGCGCUGUCUACCGACUCCUCCAUGGACGAGUCCUCAGAGACGUCCUCGGUGAAGGACGUCCCUACGGGGAGCCUUCACACCGGCCUGCUAGAGCUACGCAGGCUAACGCAGAAUCUGCUGGAUGGGAAUGAGUCUACGGGUUCGCGCCGCAGUGAUGAGGAGGCUCUGGAGGAGCAGGUGAGGAAGUUAGGAGAAGAACUGCAGGAGAUCAGAGAGCUGUAUGAGGCGGAGCAGCACAAAACACGGAGCAACGAGGAGGAGCUGCUGCAGCUGCACAAUCAGAUGGCGCUGCUGUCGGUUGAGAUUUGCUCUCUCCGGGAAGACAACGUGCGAAUGAGGGCGAUGGCUGAUGUCCGAGAACCCAGCGAGCAGCUGCAGAGCGCCAUCAGAGACAGAGACGACGCCAUUGCCAAGUAGGGUCAAACAAAGCGAACGC